CAGUGAAAACCACGUAUCUCCAGAUGUGUUGAUGUUGAAUCUUUAUGAUAAACUGAAGGAUGAAGUGUUCCUUUACGUGUUGAGAAAAUUAUCUUCCUUCUUAAGCCAAAUAAAGUCUUCAAAAAGCCUCUUGGAUCAGCUGGUAAAAGCAUCGUCAUAAAGCUGAAAACAGGGCUGUUUUUCUGACACCAUGAAAACUUUUAUAACUUUUUAGAGAUAUGUGGUUCCCACAGGACAGCGACGCUAACAUAUGAUGAUCUCAUAAAAUAUGAUGCUUUGCUGUAGAUAAUAGAUAAUGGAGUUAAAAUGAACAUGCCAGACCCUCCCCUAAGCGCUCUGGAGGAGGGUCUGGCUAGUCCACACAGCAUUCGGGGAUGGGAGGAAAACGUGCUCUGGUUUAUUGGUAUUUCUUUAAACCAAUCACAAUCGUCACCGCCAUCGUCGAUCCGCACAGAGCCACUGUAAAAUAGUCAUGCGAGAGAAAACUCAGAUUGGACAGAUAGUCUAGCUAGCUGUCUCAAUUUACCCUGCAGAGAUCUGAGGAGCUGUGACGACCAUAGUCGUCACAAAUCCACCGAAUUUAAAAUUCCAACACAAAGAAAGGGGAAGGAAACGGAAAAUACGUGCAUCCGGCGGAAUUUCCUGCUGCACUGGAGCAAUCCCGGAAGUGGAACACCAUUUCUAUAGACUAAAAUGAACACAAUCUUUAACAGCAGUAAAAAUCUGCAUGAACAAUAAUGCAGCAUGAAUAUUUACUCAAACAUCCGAUAGAAAAGGAAAACACUAAUAGGGAACAUUUUACUGCACAAUGAAUACUUUUACUUUAAAUACGUUUUGCUGAUAAUACUUAAAUACUUUUGCUUUAGUAAGGUUUUGAAUGCAGUACUUGUACUUGUAGUAGAGUCUUUUCACAGUGUGAUAUUAGUAUCUCUACUUCAGUUAAUUAUUUGAAUAAUUCCUCCACCUGUUCCCCUUGGCGACGGGCUACUGAGAGGUGGAGCAACACUGAAAGAUGAGAGCUGCAAUGUCACAUUUCCUGAACUGAAUGUACAUACAGCAUAGUUGCAGUUGAGACAAGUCUCUCUGUUUCUCUCUAAAGAAAUAUUCAACUGAUCAGCCGCUUUUUAUCAACAGCUGGAUCUCUGCCAAACACUGUGUCUAGAUAUGUCUGCUGCCAGCUGUCUGCUGACUGAAGAUCAGUUUCUGUGCUCCAUCUGUCUGGAUGUGUUCACUGAUCCAGUCACCAUACCAUGUGGACACAACUUCUGUAAAACCUGCAUCACUCAACACUGGAAUAUUAAUGUCCCGUUUCAGUGUCCCAACUGUAAUAAGGUUUUCAGAACCAGACCUGAGCUGCAGGUCAAUACUUUCAUCUCUGAGAUGGCUGCUCAGUUCAGACAGUCAGCUCAGCAGAAAGCCAGCAGCAGCAGCAGCAGCUCAGAGCAACAAGUGUCCAAACCAGGAGAAGUUCCCUGUGACGUCUGCACUGGAACCAAACUGAUGGCCCUGAAGUCCUGCCUGGUGUGUCUGGACUCCUACUGUGAGACUCACCUGGAGCCUCAUCUGACAAGAUCAGGCCUGAAAAGACAUCAGCUGAUCGACCCUGUGGAGAACCUGGAAGGCAGGAUGUGUACGAAGCACGAUAAACUGCUGGAGCUGUUCUGUAAGACCGACCAGACGUGUGUCUGCAUGCUCUGCACUGUUUUAGACAACAAGACGCAUGAUGUUGUUCUGAAAGAAGGAUAUGAACGAAAGAAGGCCGAGCUGAGGGCUGAAAUCCAGCAGAUGAUCCAGAAGAGACAACUGAAGAUUCAGGAGAUCAAACACUCAGUGGAGCUCAGUGAGGAAGAUGCAGACAGAGAGAUAGCAGAUGGUGUUCAGGUCUUCACCGCUCUGAAGGAGUCUGUUGAGAGAAGCCAGGCCGAGCUCAUCGACACGAUCAAAGAGAAGCAGAGAAAGAUGGAGAAACAGGCUGAAGGCUUCAUCAAGGAGCUGGAACAGGAAAUCUCUGAGCUGAAGAAGAGAAGCACUGAGGUGGAGCAGCUCUCACAGUCUGAAGACCACUUCCACGUCCUCCAGAGCUUCACGUCCCUGAACGCUGCUCCACCCACUAAGGACUGGACACAAGUCAGCGUCGGUCCACCUUCAUAUGAGGGGACUGUGGUCAGAGCUGUCAAUCAGCUGGACCAGACGCUCAGUGAACAGAUGAAGAAGCUGCUCGCUGAGGUCGGGCUGAAGAGGGUCCAGCAGUUUGCAGUGGAUGUGACACUCGAUCCCAAUACAGCAAAUCCUGAACUCAUCCUGUCUGAUGCUGGAAAGCAAGUCAAACGUGGUGAUGUAAGGAAGAGUCCUUCAAACAAUCCAGAUAUAUUUGAUUGUUGUGCUAGUGUCUUAGCAAAGCAGAGUUUCUCUUCAGGAAGAUUUUAUUACGAGGUUCAGGUUAAAGGGAAGACUGCCUGGGAUUUAGGAGUGGUCAGAGAGUCGAUCAACCGGAAGGGACAAAUAACUGCGACUCCUCUGAAUGGUCUCUGGACAAUAUGGUUGAGGAAUGGAAAGGAGUACAAAGCCCUUGCCGACCCUAGAGUCUGUCUCUCUCUGAAGUCUCGUCCUGAGAAGGUGGGGGUGUUUGUGGAUUAUGAGGAAGGUCUGGUCUCCUUUUAUGACGUUGAUGCUGCAUCUCUCAUCUACUCCUUUACUGGCUGCUUGUUUACUGAGAAACUCUACCCAUUCUUCGGUCCCGGUGUUAACUAUGGUGGUAAAAACUCUGCCCCUCUGAUCAUCUCUCCUGUCAAUCACACUGAGUAGAACAACCAUUACCUGCCUUCCAGACUGUUGAAUCAUCAAAAAACUAUGUAUUUAGAAAUAAGUAUUUUCACAUUCCUUGAUGUCUGGGUGCCAAAUUCAAAACUUAAAAUUGUCUAGAUCAUUGUAUACAAGUAGUGUUUCAUACUGGCACAAAUUACUGGGUAAAGUUAUGCAGCACUUAUUUAAGCGCUAUUCAAAAUAAGGUGUUUUACGGUUUUAGCUUAAGAUUUUAAAUCAAAAAGGACAAAUAAAGGAGGGCUAAAGUAUUUAAUUUGAAUUCAUAUUUCGAUAUAAACGGAAAUUAUAUGAAUCAAGUGAGAGU